CACUUCCAACGGCCGGUGAAGGAGGGAAAAAAAACACAAAAUGGCGUCGUCCGUGGCCUUCCAGCAGCUGCGAGACCUGAUCGAGACGCAGGAGGCUCUGCUGGAGAGGCUGAGGCGACAGGUGGGGCUGGAGGCGCCCGGGGCGGCCGCGCCGUCUCUUCUCCCUCCAGUCAAGGGUUGUGGGAAGGGGCGCGCUGGUUCCCUUCGGCGGUCGCCGGCCACCGAGCUGGGCAGCAGCCUGGGGGAAACGUUGGCAAAAAGCCUCGCGGAUGUAGCCCUCUGGGCCUACCCAACACUCUGCGCACACAAAUCCCUAUUAUUAUUAUUAUUAGUAUUAUUAUGUGUUCAAAGGCAGUAAUUAAAAAUAUUAUUAUUAUUAUUAUUAUAUAUUAAUAAUAUAUUAUUAUUAGCAGUAGUAGUUUAGACACUGAGCAAGAAGACUGCCACUGCUGCACGUCCUGCUUCUCGCCAUUAGUCGAUGGCAUGGUAGUUUCAUAAAACCCUAUGUGUUCAAAGGCAGUAAUUAAAAAUAAUUAUUAUUAUAUUAUUAUUAUUAUAUAUUAAUAAUAUAUUAUUAUUAGUAUUAUUAGUUUAGACACUGAGCAAGAACACUGCCACUGCUGCACGUCCUGCUUCUCGCCAUUAGUCGAUGGCAUGGUAGUUUCAUAAAACCCUAUGUGUUCAAAGGCAGUAAUUAAAAAUAAUUAUUAUUAUAUUAUUAUUAUUAUAUAUUAAUAAUAUAUUAUUAUUAGUAUUAUUAGUUUAGACACUGAGCAAGAACACUGCCACUGCUGCACGUCCUGCUUCUCGCCAUUAGUCGAUGGCAUGGUAGUUUCAUAAAACCCUAUGUGUUCAAAGGCAGUAAUUAAAAAUAAUUAUUGUUAUAUUAUUAUUAUAUAUUAAUAAUAUAUUAUUAUUAUUAGCAGUAGUAGUUUAGACACUGAGCAAGAACACUGCCACUGCUGCACGUCCUGCUUCUCGCCAUUAGGCAAUGGCAUGGUAGUUUCAUAAAACCCUAUGUGUUCAAAGGCAGUAAUUAAAAAUAAUUAUUAUAAAAUUUCACAAGGAAAAAACCACAUUAAUAAAGAAAGAAUUAACAAUAAAAAGAAAAAACACAAAGUAAAAAAAGAAAAAACAAUUAAAAACAAUUUCAUCUUUCCUCACUUCUUUACAUUUACUUGUCUCUGGACCUCCUCUUACCUCCCUUUUGUAUUCUAAUUAAAUAUGUUAAUCCAACAAUUCCUUUCCUCCUUUUUAAUCCUAAUCUUAAUCUUGAUAUAAUAUAACUUUAAAUUUUAGAUUUUACAUAUUAAAACCAAUUUUUCCAUAUUCUUUAGCCUGUACAGCUAGAAACCCUUAACUUCAAUCCAACAUCAUUCUAACAUUCAUUAAUUUUGCAAUAUUUCUGUAAAUAGUCUUUGAAUUUCUUCCAAUCUUCUUCCACCGACUCUUCUCCCUGGUCACGGAUUCUGCCAGUCAUUUCCGCCAAUUCCAUGUAGUCCGUCAUUAUUAUUAUUUUUUUAAAUAUAAAAAAAAAUAUUAUUAUAUUAUUAUUAUAUAUUAAUAAUAUAUUAUUAUUAGCAGUAGUAGUUUAGACACUGAGCAAGAACACUGCCACUGCUGCACGUCCUGCUUCUCGCCAUUAGUCAAUGGCAUGGUAGUUUCAGAAAACCCUAUGUGUUCAAAGGCAGUAAUUACAGUGGUACCUCGGGUUAAGUACUUAAUUCGUUCCGGAGGUCCGUUCUUAACCCGAAACUGUUCUUAACCUGAAACACCACUUUAGCUAAUGGGGCCUCCUGCUGCUGCCGCGCUGCCAGAGCCUGAUUUCUGUUCUCAUCCUGAAGCAAAGUUCUUAACCUGAAGCACUAUUUCUGGGUUAGCGGAGUCUAACCUGAAGCGUAUGUAACCCGAGGUACCACUGUAAUAAUAAUAAUAAUACUAAAUUUUAUUUAUACCCCGCCAUCCCCGGCCAGAGCGGGCUCAGGGCGGUUAGCACCAGUAAAAUCACAGUAAAAACAUAAUAGGGAAAAAAACCAACCAAUUUAAAAUACAGGUUAAAAUGCAAUUUAAAUUGCUGCCUCAUUUUAAAAGUAGCCCAUAGAUCAAAACCAUAAGGGGAGGGAAACAUAAGGGUCCGACUGAGUCCAAACCAAAGGCCAGGUGGAACAGCUCUGUCUUGCAGGCCCUGCGGAAAGAUGUCAAGUCCCGCAGGGCCCUAGUCUCUUGUGACAGAGCGUUCCACCAAGUCGGGGGCCAGUGCUGAAAAGGCUCUGGCCCUAGUUGAGACCAAUCUAACCACCUUGCGACUUGGGACCUCCAAAAUGUUGUCAUUUGUGGACCUUAAGGUCCUCUGCUUGGCAUACCAGGAGAGGCGGUCCCGUGGGUAGGCUGCUGAAUACCAGUUUCUGGGAGUGCGAACAAUGGAGGAUUGUUUACUUCGUGCCCUUUCUGCUGGAAACAGGAUUAAAUAGGAGUUUUAGUCUGAUCCAGCAGAACAUAAGGAUUAAGUAUAGUGUGUGUGUUUGUAUCUCCAGAUAGAACCUCCAGCCUCAAAGGCAGUGUACCUUUAAAGACCAGUUGCUGGAGGGCAGGGAUGACCAUGUGGGUUUUCUAGCGCCAUAUAGCUGGCUGCUGUUGGAAACCGGACGGAAGGCUAAAUGGACAUUUGGUCUAAUUCUGCAGGGUUUUUCAUUAUUCCAUGUGUGCCGUCAUGGCUCUGAAAUGGAAGCAAUUGCCUCCAAGAACAUAAUGAGAUUAUAUCUCUGGUUUUAUUUAAGGUGGUUGCCAAAUUAAGAUUUCAGCCAGGACCCUCAACAUGAUGUAAGGUAAAGGUAAAGAGACCCCUGAUCAUUAGGUCUAGUCGUGACCGACUCUGGGGUUGCGGCGCUCAGCUCACUUUAUUGGCCGAGGGAGCCGGCGUACAGCUUCCGGGUCAUGUGGCCAGCAUGACUAAGCCGCUUCUGGCGAACCAGAGCAGCGCACAGAAACGCCGUUUACCUUCCUGCCGGAGCAGUACCUAUUUAUCUACGUGCACUUUGACGUGCUUUCGAACUGCUAGGUUGGCAGGAGCAGGGACCGAGUAACGGGAGCUCACCCCGUUGCGGGGAUUUGAACCGCCGACCUUCUGAUCGGCAAGUCCUAGGCUCUGUGGUUUAACCCACAGCACCACCCGCGUAUCUAAAAUAAAGCACACCAGUCAUAUGUGUGUAGUGCUUGUUGUAGGAACCUCCAGGUAAAUACUGCAAUGCGUUCUAUGUAAGGCUGCCCUUAGGCCUAGUGUAGAAGCUCCAGCUAGGGCAGACUGCUGCGACUAGGCUGCUGCUGCAGUUGGAUGGCCAGCAGCAUGUGAUACUGCUGUUAAAACAUCUACACUGGCUGCCCAUAUGCUACAGGUUAAGGAUUUUGGAUUGAUACACAGAGCCCUGAACAACUUGGAUCCAGGACUGCCUGAGCCUUUAUAUCCUAGCUUUGCCCAGUUACCAAGAACACCCCUAUAGGAGCUCAACUCCCUCAGAAGUUGGGCAUUUAGUAUUGCUGGUCCCAUUCUGUGGAACACUCUUCAAGCAGAGAUUUGGCAGGCAACCUCACUUUUAAAGACUUUUCUAUACCGACAAGCCUAUGCAGUUGAUUAAAAAUUAUGAAACUGCAUCAGUGGCUGACAUAUAAGUACUUUUGUAAAUAAAAUUGUAGUUAGUCGUAAAAUGAGCAGAAGCUGUAAUGCAAUAGCCAUAAAACAGAGUGAGCCUAUCUAGAUAAAGAUAUACCUAGAGAGGUGAAGGUUUGGAAAAACAAAAAAAUGAAACCGUGCCCCCCCCAACCGUUUUUCUGUUUGUUGUUGUUGUUGGUUUGGUUGCUUCCAAAAUGGGGACAGAAAAAUAGGGUGGGGUGGGUUUUCCACAAUUUUUUAUUUUUUCUGCAUGCUUUCACAUCUCUAGAUAUGCCUAAGCCCACUGCAAUCAGUAGACAUAGAUUGACCUAACUCAGCAUAGGAUCAGACUGCAAAAAUAACUAAUAUACAUUCAGCAUUCCCCCCCCCCCAAUAGUAAUUCUCUUACACAAACAACUAAUCUAUAAAAUGUAACAUUCUUUUAACAGAUAGCAGUGCAGAAAGAGAACUCUGUAAGCAAGGUGGAAUAUGAGGCUAUUAUAAGGAAACUGCAGGUAUGUGGCCUUCCUUUAAUAAUUUAUUUCUGGUAUUUUUACUCUUUCUUUUGUUAAACAUAAUCAAGGCAGCAGUAGAGAUUGCACAUUCUCAAAGAUUUGUGCAAGUUCCCCUGUAGACUCGUGUCUUGUGACAAUGUCGAUUUUUAAUAUCAGAAGUUAGUAUCUGAAUAUUUGAGAGUGAGGGGACUCGAGUGGUGCUGUGGUCUAAGCCACUGAGCCGCUUGGGCUUGCUGAUCGGAAGGUCAGCGGUUCAAAUCGGCGCAACUGGGUGAGCUUCCAUUCCUCUGUCCCAGCUUCUGCCAAACUAGCAGUUCAAAAACAUACCAAUGCCAGUAGAUAAAUAGAUAGUGCUGCGACGUUUCCAUGUGCUCUGGCACUCAUCACGGUGUCCCGUUGUGCCAGAAGCGGUUUAGUCAUGCUGGCCACAUAACCCAGAAAGCUGUCUGUGGACAAACACCGGCUCCUUCGGCCUGAAGCGAGACGAGCACCGCAGCCCAUAGUCAAAGUUUGACUGGACUUAACCAGCCGGGGUCCUUUUACUUUACACCAGAGUUGUGGCAUAUUUUCUUUGCCUACUGAUGCAGUUGAAUACGUCCUUUUUUAUAAUGUUGGUUUACCUGUUAGGCAAUCUAAUAACUUAGAUUUUUCAACUGUAUUCUAAUUUACAGAAGGAAGAGGAAGAACAUGCAAAGACGAAGAGUAAUCUAGCUAUGGAAUCCGAACAGCUGGAAUUCGCCCUUGGGGAGAUUGAUGUUCUGUCAAAGCAACUUGAGAGGGAGAAACAAGCUUUUGACACUGCGUAUGCUUGUAGAUUGGUGUGGGAGUCUCUGUGAAGAGAACAGGCUCAAGUUUUGUUGUCUAAAAAGGGGAGUUGGGGAAAUGAUAGUUACAGUUCCCCAGAAGACCACUGACUAGCCAGUUCCCAAGGGACCAGCAGCUGCCUCUCCCCCAACCUCUGAACAGCCACGCACGUGCAAGAAAGGAACAGUAGCGGCUCUGGAGAAAGGCAGCUCUAUCUCUUUCUGCUCUUGACCACUUCGGGCAGUUCAGAGGCUGGAAGGAACGAGAAAUCUGUAUCCUAGCACCUGUUUUAACAACUGACCAGCUGCUCCCUGAGUCUUCAUUCUCCAUUAUAAGCAGGUGCUAAGAUUUAGCAACUGCUGGAUAAGACCAGAGUAUACAGCAGCAGGCUACGUGAGCCAGUAGCCUGACUGAGCUGGAAGUAGGGUUAGUAUUGUUGGGCGUGCCAGAAUUUUCCAAGCUAAGAGGCUUGUUUGCUGCAAUGCUAAGCAUGUUUUCUCGUAAUUACGCCCUUGUAAACAUGCUUAGAAUUGCAGUCAUACUGCGUGCUAGCCCUAGAGCAGUGUCCUCUACCAUGAUGUUUCGUUCAGUUCCCGUUUUUUUAUUCCCACCACCCAACCCAUCAGCAUUCUGUGCUCACUGAGAAUAUUCAAAAUAAAAUAAAAUAAAAAUUCCUUCCAGUAGCACCUUAGAGACCAACUAUGUUUGUUAUUGGUAUGAGCUUUCAUGUGCAUGCUACUGGAAGGAAAUUUUUUUACAUUUUGUUUUGACUAUGGCAGACCAACAUGAGAAUAUUCAGUCCACAUUGUACUGUUUGGGGUUUCCCCCCCUUAGGGCUGGCUAUCUAUUUUUACUUCUGUAAAUGUUAGUACUCCCUCAAGCCUCAUGUGUGUGGAUGGUUAUUUCUGUGAUGUUUUGGUUAUACAAGGAACGGAUCCACACUCUGAGAGUGAGUUCAGUAUAAAAGAGAAAGUUUGGAUCCUGUGAAGUGGUGUAUGUGGAUCUUUUCAAGUCACUGCAACAACAUAACAGAAGCUUAAAGGGGAUCAGUGCAACGUACACACUUAAACGUACAGUGUGACACGGCAGCUAAAAAAGCCAAUGCAAUUCUGGGCUGCAUCAAUAGGAGUAUAGCAUCUAGAUCAAGGGAAGUAAUAGUGCCAUUGUAUUCUGCUCUAGUCAGACCUCACCUGGAGUACUGUGUCCAGUUCUGGGCACCACAGUUCAAGAAGGACACUGACAAACUGGAACGUGUCCAGAGGAGGGCAACCAAAAUGGUCAAAGGCCUUAUGAGGAACGGCUAAGGGAGCUGGGCAUGUUUAGCCUGGAGAAGAGGAGGUUAAGGGGUGAUAUGAUAGCCAUGUUCAAAUAUAUAAAAGGAUGUCACAUAGAGGAGGGAGAAAGGUUGUUUUCUGCUGCUCCAGAGAAGCGGACACGGAGCAAUGGAUCCAAACUACAAGAAAGAAGAUUCCACCUAAACAUUAGGAAGAACUUCCUGACAGUAAGAGCUGUUCGACAGUGGAAUUUGCUGCCAAGGAGUGUGGUGGAGUCUCCUUCUUUGGAGGUCUUUAAGCAGAGGCUUGACAACCAUAUGUCAGGAGUGCUCUGAUGGUGUUUCCUGCUUGGCAGGGGGUUGGACUCGAUGGCCCUUGUGGUCUCUUCCAACUCUAUGAUUCUAUGAAAUCUGUAGCCUAACUAGCACUGUUUUACAGAUCGGUCAGCUCCAUAAUUACAAAGGUCAAGUUUCCAAAGGUGCAUAAGGGGCAUGUAUGACUUGCUCCUGAUCAUCUUAUCUGACAGAUAACAACAUUUGAACUACUUAUUCCAGCUGUAUUUAAAGGUAUUGACAUGUGUGACUAAAAUAAUAUUCCUUCUGUUGUAGACUCUCUCGGGUAAAAAGCAAAGUGCGGAAGGAAUCGAUCCAAAAAGACAAGCUGUUGAGCAAAUGUGCUGGUAAAUUCACGAGAUUAUUUUAUCGUCUCAGACUGAGGAUUACUUGAGAAAUUAACCCUUUUAGGCACUUAGCCAGUGUGGUGUAGUGGUUAAGAGACUCGUAAGCUGGUGAACCAGGUUCGCAUCUCCGCUCCUCCACAUGCAGCUGCUGGGUGACCUUGGGCCAGUCACACUUCUCUGAAGUCUCUCAGCCCCACUCACCUCACAGAGUGUUUGUUGUGGGGGAGGAAGGGAAAGGAGAAUGUUAGCCAGUUUGAGACUCCUUUGGGUAGUGAUAAAGCAGGAUAUCAAAUCCAAACUCCUCCUCUUCUUCUUCUUAAAAGGAAUGCCUAAAAGCCUAAUUCCUCAAGUAAAAAUGUAUACUUAAAAAUGUUGGCAAGUAGGCAAGCUUGAAAACAGGUACACUAUAGAUAGAUAGAUAGAUAGAUACAGUGGUGCCCCGCAAGACGAACGCCUCGCAAGACGAAAAACCCGCUAGACGAAAGGGUUUUCCGUUUUGGAGGCGCUCCAUAAACGAAUUUCCUAUGGGCUUGCUUCGCAAGACGAAAGCCCAUAGGGAAAUCUCCGGUCCGCGAGGCCUGGGCGCGCUGAUCUCAGCGCGCGCAGGCUUCGGCAUGCCGGCAACUCUCCGCGAGCAGCGGCAGCGCUGCCGCUGCUCGCGGAGAGGUCCGCGAAGCCUGGGCGCGCUGAUCUCAGCGCGCGCAGGCUUCGGCAUGCCGGCAACUCUCCGCGAGCAGCGGCAGCGCUGCUGCUGCUCGCGGAGAGGUCCGCGAAGCCUGGGCGCGCUGAUCUCAGCGCGCGCAGGCUCGGCAUGCCGGCAACUCUCCGCGAGCAGCGGCAGCGCUGCCGCUGCUCGCGGAGAGGUCUGCGAAGCCUGGGCGCGCUGAGCUCAGCGCGCGCAGGCUUCGGCAUGCCGGCAACACUCCGCAAUCAGCGGCAGCGCUGCCGCAGCACGCGGAGAGGUCCGCGAAGCCAUGGCGGGACAGCUUUUGAAGGCAGGUGGGGGGACAAGACUUCGCCCCCGCCAACCUUCAGAAGACCUCUUCUGAAGGCUGGCGGGGGCAAAGUCUUUGUCCCCCUGCCUGCCUUCCCAGGGGCUUUAAAUUGCCCCGGACAGCGGAGAAGUCCUCCGCUGUCCCGGGGCAAUUUUAAAUGCCGCCCGCCAGCAUUUUAAGAUCGCCCCGGACAGCGGAGAAGCCCUCCGCUGUCCCGGGGUUUUAAAUGCUGGGGGUGGAAGAAAAGCCCUUGUCCCCCCCCAGCCUUCAGAAGAGGUCGGGGACAGACUGUCCCCGGACCUGGUCUGAAGUCGGUUUCCUAGGAACGCAUUAAUUGAUUUUCAAUGCAUUCCUAUGGGAAACCGUGCAUCGCAAGACGAAAAACUCGCAAGAAGAAAAAACUUGCGGAACGAAUUAAUUUCGUCUUGCGAGGCACCACUGUAGAUAGAUAGAUAGAUAGAUAGAUACAGUAGUACCUCUGGUUACGUACUUAAUUCGUUCCGGAGGUCCGUUCUUAACCUGAAACUGUUCUUAACCUGGAGCACCACUUUAGCUAAUGGGGCCUCCUGCUGCCGCGGCACUGCCGGAGCACGAUUUCUGUUCUCAUCCUGAAGCAAAGUUCUUAACCUGAGGUACUAUUUCUGGGUUGGCGGAGUCUGUAACCCGAAGCGUAUAUAACCUGAAGCGUAUGUAACCCGAGGUACCACUGUAUAGAUAUAGAUAUAAAUACAGAUACAGAUAUGUUUGGCAGCAGCUCCCUAUCGUCCUGCGCUCAGGGGCAUAGAUGCAUUUCCCUCCACUUCUCUGCACCUUGUGUAUUCUGUCAAUGUCAUGGGCCCCUCAGUAGGUCUGGAUCUGGUUAGUGCCUAGAUGGGUGACUACCCUGCAGGUACUUAAACUGCCUUGGGUUUCAUGCUGGAAGAAAGGCAGGAUAUAAAUGUAAGAAAAUAAAUAAAGAUGUCUAUUUUUUUUAAUCCUGGGCACAGAAUUCAGUUUCUAGAGCAUGUAGUACCUAUAGCACUACCUAUUUGGGUUGAUUAUAACCAAACCAGGGUAAUACAGUUUGAGACUUUGCUGGGAAUUCUGUGUACAUAACUUUGUUUUGUGCGCUUUGAUUUUGAUAUUUAGAAAGCAAAAGCACAAAUCAGUGAUUUCCAAAUUCCUCCUACAGAAAUUGAGACCCAUAUUCAAAAACAGGAAGAUGUUCUGAACUACAAAGAAAAUGAGAUCAGGGAGCUGCAGAACUUCAUCAACAACCAGAAGCAAACAUUAAAGUAAGUAUAUAUUUUUAUCUAAGACACUUUUACUAGAUUCUUUGAAAAUACGUAGGUAACUGAGUUAACCAUUUCCCUUUUAUUACUAUUAUUAUUAUUAAAUUUAUAUAUCGCCCUUCAAGAGAUCCCAGGGUGGUUCACAGAAUACAAUACAAGAUAAAACACAAGUAAAUAAUUAAAACAAAACAAUACCCUCCUUCCCACAAGUACAUUUAAAGGCUGUAGGAUCUAAGUAUUUCUUUUCAUUUUUAAUCACAAUUUUCCUCCACCUGAUGCAUCCUCAGAUCUUGGGGUAAAAUAGAGAAUACUGCUUACUGAGACAUUUACACCCUUCCUUUGGAAUCACUAUCUAAAUAGAUAUUUUUACAGUUAUCCUCAAACUUGUUUUGUACUUGUGGCAUCCCCUCCUUUUUUGUUUGUGUGUAUGCUUUCCUCCAUUGCUUCUUCAAAGACAAAGAUCCAGUCAAAGUAGAAGCUUUCACAUCCAUUUUUAAAAAAUAAUUAAUGGCAGUUUAGCAUUAUGUCUGAACUGUGGUUAAUUUUAAUUGUGGUUUGUAUAAAUAAACCAACUUCAUAAACCAGCUUUGUUGGUUUCCUCCCCUGAAAAAUACCCAUUUUCCUGCUUUCUUAACUGUUCCAUUCUUUCUGGGUUGCCGUGCUGCUAGCGAUUGCUUAGUACUGUAGCUGUGGUAAAUGCUGAUUAUAGAAACCAGUGAUCUGUUUGAUAAGGCAUGUGUUUCUAAUGGAGUAGGUGGAAGCAAUAACUGAUUUGAAGACCCCUUGGCAAAGAAUGGGUGGUAUCUAGCUAAGUUUUACUCAGAGUAGGUUCAUUGAAAUUAAUGAACAUUAAUCCAUCGGUCCAUUAAUUUCAGUGGGUCUACUAUAAAUAAAUUUCGUUGAAUACCACCCGGUGAAAUUAUCAUAGGAAGUCCAACAUUCUGUUUUUCUUUAUCAAUUGGUUGUAUAUUGAAAGGAUUGUUCAGGAGUCGGCACACACAUAAUAGUGUUGCAUUUAUUUUCCUGACAUUUCACACGUGCCACAGAUCAGUAAGUACUUAGGUGUCUAUUUUCACAAAGAAAAUUGCAUUCUUACAAUGUGCUUUCUGGUUUUUGUUGUUGUCUUGUUUUGCAGGAAACAAGCAUCUGAAUUCAAGAUACAAAAACAACAGGAAAGUUACAUAGCAAAAGUGCUUGGGAGAAAGAACAAGAAGGAUUUGAAAUAACCAUAGAAGCAUUCCCUCAAGUCACUUGAUUCUAAUCUUACUCUUAGAUGUGUUGAAAUAAAAAAUGAACUUCUAAGUUUUUCCACCAAGAAAUUACUCUGCCGGUAAUUUAAGUGAGAUACUCACCUCUAAGUGCCAACUUCCCCUACAUCAUUCUGUCCAGUGGGACCAAUGUAUGAACUACUGUACAUCUUUAGGUGGACAAUGACUACUGCAUUGGAUUCUGUAUAUUUAAGCAUAAGGCACCAUCUUUUUCACCCGGAUAUGAAAGGCAGUCAAGACCCCAAUGAUCUUUAAAGCAUCUGUGGGUUUUAAUAAAAUCGCUACUACGUAGUGUAGUAAUUCAAUAACUAUGUAUUUAUGGUACUUUAAUUUGUUGUUCCUGGUGUGGGUGGGACUAUGAGGUUACCAUUGCAGCCAUGUACGUGUCUACUCAGAAGUAGGUCACACUGAGUUCAAAAGAUGCGAAGGUAAGCGAGUAAAGAAUUGCAGGAGCUCAUUUCUAAGCUAGCACAUGCCAUUCAAGGCUGUCUAUCAUUUUCCCUCUUUAGCUGUUUAGAAACAUUUUCAAGGAAAGUGGCAACAAAUGGAAGAGAACAACAAAUAGCUUCAAACAAUUAAAAGGCUGCCACGUGGUAUGUCUUCUCAAAGCCACACUCUUCUUUCCCAGUCCUGGUUUUAAUUUAAGAUGAGGCUGCAGAGGGGGAGUCUUUGCAGAUGCAGUUGGAAGCUUACGCCUUAGCUGCAAAGAUUCCUCCCAAAAAUGGGUCUUGAAUUCAGCGCUGAAUUUGCAGCAAGGAUUGGAUGGGAGCUCUAGCCAGUGGAACCAGGAGUAAAUUAGGACCCCUAUUGCACCUGAUGGGGCCAGAGGUAACCCACGUCUGUGCUAGAUACUCAUUGGCGAGGGGAAGACUCUUGUGUACAUGCGCCAGGGCAUUUGUAUCACAUAUUCCAGGAUUGUGCUGCAGGCUGCAAUCCUAAACACCGUUGCUAGGAAAUAAUUCUUACUGAACUCUCUUGAACAUCUGAGUUCCAUGCAUAAGAUUGCACCAAUCUUUAUAGCUUCUCUUUGGACCUUUCUGUAUGAUCUUUUAAAAACAUACAGUUGUUAGUUCUUCUUUUAUCCCCUUAAACUGGUGCUUCUUUUGUAAAGAACAUUUAUUUUCCAAACACUAAAGUACAAUGUUUUGUACCUGGGAUUAUGCACUGCCAACUCUAGGUUUGGUAUAUAUCCUUUGCUGUUGUCCUUGUAAACUUAACCUGUUUAUGUGGGUAUUGUAGGAACCAAUUAUUGUGAUGUUAAGUGAUAGGUAAACUUUUUAGUUUGAAAACUCAACUAUGAAACUUAGUGCUGUGUGUGUAUUUGUAUAGCAAAUUCUUACCUUUCCAAAAGCAAAAUAAAUACUCACUUAUCUUCUCU